AUGAAAUGCAAUAUUCGUGAACUUGCUCAAUUGAGCGAUCAACCUUGUGUGAUAGAAGGAAGAUUAAACUAUAAAAAGAUUUCCAAUGGCAGUUAUCGUAAUCAGACAGUAUUCAAAGAGAGAUGGUUUCGGCUGAUUAACAAUUAUUUAUUUUAUUUCAAAAUCAGUGAAAUGGGAAAGUUUGAUACAAAAUGUCCCGCUGGGAUGUUUGUGUUAGAGAAUUCUUCCAUACAAAUGGAACAUGGGCAGAGCAUACCAUUUUCAUUUUCUAUUUCUUUUAUAGAUGAGCCCGAAAAACGACAUGUUUUUGCAGCCCGAGCUGAAGAUAAUGUGGUUCAGUGGGUUAUGAAACUAAGGCAGAGCUCAUAUGAAUAUCUACGCAACAGACUUCAUGCACUGCAGUCCAAGAUAUUUGCAAUCACUGGAAAGGAUCCUUUGCUCCUAGUGCCAAGGAAUGAGGGAGCAUGUUUGUGGGCCCCAUCUGUACCAUUCUCAACAGCUCCAGCUUGCACUGUUAACACCAGUUCAUUCAGUUGCCAUCUUCACACAAAUGGUGGGUUUACACUCGAAAGAAGCAAAUCAGAUGUUCAAGCUCAUAAACAUUUCCAUGCAGAAUACUCUCAAAAAUCUACAUUUUAUACUGACGACCACAAGAAGGUAACUGAGAGACGAGAGCAUUCCAAUGAAGUGUAUUCUCUAGAGAGAAGUAAAACUUCGGCGCUUUUACCAGGUAGUGCGAAUCCGAUUGAUAAAACUAUAUUCGACAAUCGACCGCUCUACUCUAGAGCUGCUCCGAGUCCGCCAGUUAGAACGAAGCUAUCGCCAAGCAGUCGACGUGUUGAAAUGAAUCAAGACGUUAAGGUUUUUGCUGAACAAAGUAGAAAUUUAGGUAUAACAGGUAUUCUAGAUGAAGCACCAAUUCCGCCUAGAAGAAAAGUGUCACCAAAAAAUUUGGAUAUUCCAAACCCUACCAUUGAGAUUACUAACAAUAUUGCCAGCACAGCCCCUGAUGAUGGCAGUGAUGAUCUGAUUAAAUUUUAG